UGCACCACGUCGAAGCUGAAGCUGAUCGGGAACACACAGAUAUUCUCUGGUCGUCGUCGUCGACCAAUCUCCAUGUUGAUACGAAGCCCAGCUCUCCCUCUCCUUUUUACACUUGUUUCUGUGUUUGUUGUCUCGGCUGUUUCCGAGGAGGUGACCUACGAUGGCCGAUCAUUCAUCAUCAAUGGAAAGAGAGAGCUUUUCUUCUCGGGUUCCGUCCAUUACCCGCGUGUCCCUGUUGGGAUGUGGCCUGAAAUCUUCAACAAAUCUAAGCAUGGAGGAUUGAAUACGAUCGAGACUUACGUCUUUUGGAACGUUCAUGAGCCCAAACAAGGAAAGUACAACUUUGAAGGAAAUUAUGAUUUGGUGAAAUUCAUCAAAUUGAUCAAAGAGAUGGACAUGUACGCGGUCCUCAGGAUUGGACCAUUCGUCCAGGCUGAAUGGAAUUAUGGUGGAUUACCGUAUUGGCUAAGAGAAGUUCCAAACAUUACUUUCCGCACGGAUAAUGAGCCAUACAAGUACCACAUGCAAAAGUUCACCGAGUUGAUCGUAAAAAAGAUGAAGGAUGAGAAACUAUUUGCUUCUCAAGGAGGUCCUAUCGUUUUAUCACAGAUUGAAAAUGAAUAUAACACUAUCCAACUUGCAUAUCGAGAAGCAGGAAUUAGUUACGUUCAUUGGGCAGCAAAGAUGGCUGUGGGCCUCAACACAGGAGUCCCAUGGGUGAUGUGCAAACAGAAGGAAGCUCCCGAUCCAGUGAUCAACUCAUGCAAUGGAAGGAACUGUGGAGAUACAUUCAUAGGCCCAAACAAACCCAAUAAACCUUUUAUCUGGACUGAGAACUGGACUGCACAGUAUAGAGUAUUUGGGGACCCACCAUCUCAGAGAGCAGCAGAAGAUCUGGCAUUUGCUGUUGCCCGUUUCUUCUCUAAGAAGGGGACUCUUAACAACUAUUAUAUGUAUCAUGGAGGGACGAAUUAUGGUAGAACAAGUGCCGACUUUGUAACAACUCGCUACUAUGAUGAAGCUCCUCUCGAUGAAUAUGGUCUGCAGAAGGAUCCGAAAUGGGGCCACCUUAGAGACUUGCAUGCUGCUUUGAGAUUAUGUAAGAAGGCUUUGCUUUGGGGGACUCCCUCUGUCCAGAAGUUGGAAAAUGGAGUAGAGGCAAGAAUUUUUGAGAAUUCUGAGAGUAAGGUGUGUGCAGCUUUCUUGUGCAACAACAAUACUAGAGAACCGGCAACUGCAAAAUUCAGGGGCAAGGAGUAUUACUUUCCUCCACGUUCCAUUAGCAUCCUCCCAGAUUGCAAGACCGUGGUGUUCAACACUCAAAAUGUGGUUUCACAACACAACUCAAGGAGCUACAAGAUAUCAAAAAGGGCCAAUAAGAAUCUAGAGUGGGAGAUGUACCACGAAAAGAUUCCAAUCAUUGAUGAAAGUCCUGUAAAAUACAAGAACCCAUUAGAGCUCAUGAAUCAGACUAAGGAUAGAUCAGACUACCUGUGGUAUACUACCAAAAUCCAGUUGACUAGGGAUGAUCUUCCCUUUCGACGUGACAUUCAUCCAGUUCUCCAAGUUUCAAAUUUCGGCCAUGUCAUGCACACUUUUGCAAACGGCGAAUACGUUGGGUCCGGACAUGGCAGCCAUAUUGAAAAGUCUUUCACAUUCCAGAAACCAGUACCCCUGAAACCUGGGACCAACCACAUACAAUUGUUAGGAAUGACAGUCGGAUUCCCGGAUAGUGGAGCCUACUUGAACAUUAGGCUUGCUGGUGUUCAUCGUGUAGCUGUACAAGGUUUGAACACCGGAACACUCGAUCUAUCGGCCAAUGGAUGGGGACAUCAGGUUGGAGUGGAUGGAGAAAAGAACGAAAUCUUUACUCCAGAGGGAACAGAGAAGGUAUCGUGGAAAGAGGCCAAGGGGGGUGGACAUGCUCUUACAUGGUACAAGACUUACUUCGACGCUCCCGAAGGAGACAACCCAGUCGCUCUCAAUCUAACAAGUAUGGGCAAGGGCAUGGUUUGGGUUAAUGGCAAAAGCAUUGGUCGUUACUGGGUAGACUAUAAGUCUCCUUUGGGGAAGCCCACUCAGUCCGAGUACCAUGUCCCGAGGGUGUUCCUUAAGCCAAGUGGAAACCUUCUAGUAGUGUUAGAGGAAAUGGGAGGAAACCCAGAAGAGAUUAAGAUACUGACAGUCAACAGGGAUACCAUAUGUAGCAUAAUCACCGAGCAUCACUCGGCAAACGUCCAGUCAUGGCAAAGGGAGAACGGCAAGAUACGGGCGGUGGUAGGCGACACCAACCCAAAGGCGCACUUGAAGUGUCCCAACCACAAGGUGAUUGUCAAUGUCGAUUUUGCAACCUUCGGUAAUGUGCCUACUGGCGCCUGCGGAGCUUUUACCCCGGGAAAUUGCACCUCAUCAUCAGAAGCCAAGAAGGUUGUUGAGCAGUACUGCCUAGGAAAGACUACCUGUGAUAUACCGGUUGAUCAGAAGACAUUCGGCGGUGGCAAGGGAGAUGAAUGUCCGGGAAUUAAGUCUCUGGCCGUCCAAGUGCAUUGCGCCGGAAAAGAUGACUGACGAGAAGGAGGACUCAGACUGAUCAUAGAGACAUAGAGUCAGUGUUGCGUCUUGUUUCAAUUAAUUAAUAAACUAGGGA